CUCCGUUAGUUUACCCUCUUUGUCACAUGUCGGAUGUUAUUGUACUCCAAUUUCCACAUACAAAUUAGAGAUUUAUUACAUCAUGUUAAAGAACAUUGAGAUCAAAGCAGUGUUGAAAAAUGUUGUCGUAGCUCACUCAAGGGCCAAAGAGCUGAGCCACAGCUCUGGUUCAAUCUUUAAACAGACGGACACGUUUUUUAAAACACCCCAAGGACGCUUAAAGCUCAGAUGCUUUGAGAAUGGUACUGGUGUAUUAAUUUACUACGAACGUUCGGACACGCUAGGGCCCAAACUUUCAGAUUAUUCGCUUGUGGAAUUAGCCAACGAAAAAGCAUGCGAAGAACUGAAGAAGAUAUUAGACAAGGUGAAUGGAACAGUUGGAGUUGUGGAGAAGACGAGACACCUGUACAUUGUAGGACAGUCAAGGAUUCAUGUUGACAAGGUUACUGGAUUGGGUGAUUUUCUAGAAAUCGAGGUCGUCUUGGAAGAGCAUCAGAGUGUAGAGGAGGGUCAAGUAAUUUGUAAUGAUCUCUUGGCUAAACUGCAAAUCUCCAAUGAUGAUUUAUUGGCGACAGCUUACGUGGAUUUGCUUGAGGAGAAAAAAAAAACAAAAAAUGAAGACGUCAUGCCAGUCAAUGUCUCAGGAUGAUAUUCAGAGUAUGGAUAAUGUCCGUGAAACUAGCACUUCAACAAAGAGACUCCAAAUUGCCAAGCAGAGGAAAAAGCUCGGAAUCAUUUAUUUAUCUAACAUUCCAAAAUACAUGAAUGUCACAACUGUGCGGGAAAUUUUCUCAAAGUACGGUGAAGUUGGGAGAGUUUAUUUACAGUUGGGGUGCACUGCAG